CGGCCCUGCUUGACCGACCCAUCACAUUUGCAACCUCCUCAUUAGUCUGAUUAGAGAUGGAUCCUAGACCGUCCACUCCUCGAUCAGCAACAUCCAGCACCGUUCCGACCUCGUUUGACGGAGAUGCUUUGAGAGGUUAUAUACGCAAGCUCUUCGAGACGAAUCUAAAAAAUGUCGAAUUUGACAAGGAGAAGAUGAGGGAACAUGGGAAGGAACUCAGUAUGCGCAUUAAAGCUCGGAUGAACGAGUUGAACCCUCAAGGUUGGAAGUUUGCCGUGAUCGUCCAGAUCAAUCAAAAUCUCGGACAAGGUGGCCGGGCGGACUUGGCAACACAUUGGGCGGUCUCGGAUUUGUGCAUCCAGGAGCUCUGGUCGAACGAACAUCUGUUAUGUGCUUGUUUUGCCCUUGCCAUCAAGGCCGGUUGAGCGUGGCCGGGAAGAGCAGGGGGAUUAGAAGCAGGAUGUAAUUGUUGUGCGGGGUGCGUCUUCUGGUGCAUAUUCGAAUACCCAUGUUGAAGUGUUACUGCGGUGUUCGACGCCAUAUGGUCAGGGUUUUCGCUACAACCGAGGUCAAGGCAAGUUAGGGAACCGGGGCAUCCGUCAGAGCUGAGCAGAUCCGGGAGGGUGUUUACUUUGUCGGGCCAUCGGGCGGGUUGAAGGCGGACUGUGACGAUAGUUCGGUGAUCUUGGAAUCGGCGCCGGCGAUCUGGGAAGACUAGACUGGUCGAUCGUUGUUGACGUUUCUGCAUCGCUAGGAUCGCUAGUUGCCAGCCCACGAGCGAUUCUCCGGGACCGAGGGGGACGUUGCCGCAUUGCACCCAUCGCCAUUGCCGCUAGCCUUGUUCGCGGCAAGGGACGACGCAUGAAGCCUAUGAUGAUGAUCGUGACGCGUGUGGCU